CUUAAAGGCGCCGCCGGGUGACAGGAGAGCGUCAGGGAAACGCGCGACUUCCUUUCUUUGUCUUUUCUCUUUAGGGAAAGUUUUAGAAAAAGACAAGGCACUCAUAUUUUGGAAGUCUGAAAGCGACAUUUCUUUUUAUGGGUUCUGUGGGCUCCUCAAGGAGCGGAAUCGGAUUAUUAAAGAUGCGGAAACCAGAGCAGAAGAGCCGCCGUCUGGACUGUGAUCAUCCACCGAUGCGCGUCCGUUCCUGGGCAUUCCUCGGCUCAGGAGAGGAGUGAUGAUGAUCCAGCCUGAAGUUUCCUGCGCGGGACAGUCAGUGCCUGUUCUAUGAGUGAGGGGAUCUGGACACCACUCCUCGCAGUUAAGUUGUGCUCGAACCUCGACCAUUAUGUCAAAAGUCAUUCAAAGGAAGAACCACUGGAUCACCAAAGUCAACGAGUGCGCGGUCAGCCGGGACGCGAGUGGGGAGCUGAAUGUGGAUCUGCGUGGGGGCGCGGAGAAUGGAGAAUUUCCAUACAUCGGACACAUCAGGGAGGAUGCUGUGGUUUAUCAGGACGGUAAAGUGUGUGAGGGAGAGCUGCUGCUGGAGGUCAACGGGCUGGCUGUGGCUGGAUUACCGCUUUAUGACAUCUUUGGGCUAAUCAACUUCUCCAAAGGUCCCGUCAGGUUAAAAACUGUUCGUCAAGGUCAGAAGUUAAGCAAGGACCUGAAGCACUUCCUGAGCUUGAGGUUUCAGAAGUCGUCACCUGACCAUGAGCUGCAGAAAACUAUCCGAGCCAAUCUUUAUCGUCACGCAGUGCCUUGUACAACUCGCCCCCCUCGAGACGGGGAGGUCCCAGGAGUGGAUUACAACUUCCUGUCUGUAGAAGACUUUCUACAAUUGGAGGACAGUGGCACACUACUAGAAGUAGGAACUUAUGAAGGUAACUAUUAUGGGACCCCCAAGCCGCCAAGGCAGCCCAUCAUUGGGACUGUGACUCUCAAUGAUGCAGGCUCCUAUCGGUCCACCCCGAAACGCACAAAGUCCUACAAUGACAUGCAAAGCGCCCGCGUAGUGCCUGCUGAUGAGGAUGAUGACGAUCAGGCCACGGAAAUGAACAACAGUUUUACAGGAUCCUUAGUGCGUAGCCUCUUUCCCUCUCCUUUGCUGUGCACAGGAAACCCUAACGACCAGGACGAGAGCCGUGGCGGCAUCCUACGGCCAUACCCUGCACGUGACAAUGUUUUAUCCUGUGGUCUGAACAAUGCAGCCGCCCCCACAGCAGAAAGUGGUCAGCAGACACUUGCAGAACCACAGGUCUCUCCAGAGGACCCACUGGGACUGCUGCCUGAAAAUUGGGAGAUGGCCUACACAGAGAAUGGAGAACUUUAUUUCAUAGACCACAACACAAAAACCACAUCAUGGCUGGAUCCCCGCUGCAGAGACAAAGCCUCCAGGCCUUUGGAGGAGUGUGAGGAUGAUGAAGAAGGGAUACAUACAGAAGACCUGGAGAGUGAUUUAGAGUUGCCUCCAGGAUGGGAGAGAAUAGAUGACCCAGUGUACGGAGUAUAUUAUGUAGAUCAUAUAAACAGGAAGACCCAGUAUGAAAACCCAGUGGUGGAGGCGCGGCGCCAAAAAUUGCUGGAGCAGCACCAACAGCCGCAGCCUCCAGAAGGUGAGCGGUACAUUCGAGAGUGGAUAGAGGAGCACUCCUCUGCUGCAGCUCCAUUAGCAAACUAUGCUCCAAACCACCUGGAGACUUACAGGGACCCACAAGUCCCUCCGGCUCUUCCACCCGGCCCUGCAGGAGUCAAAAGAGGAAAACCUUUCUUUACAAGAAAUCCUGCAGAGCUUAAAGGAACCUUCAUUAACACAAAACUGAAGAAAAGCCGCAGAGGGUUUGGCUUCACUGUGGUUGGAGGUGAUGAGCCGGAUGAGUUUCUGCAGAUCAAAAGUCUGGUGCUGGACGGCCCUGCAGCUGCAGAUGGCAAGAUGGAGACAGGUGACGUGAUAGUCAGUGUAAAUGACACCAUUGUCCUGGGCUACACUCAUGCUCAGGUUGUGAAGAUCUUCCAGUCCAUCCCUAUCGGCUCCAUGGUGGACCUAACUUUAUGCCGGGGGUACCCACUACCCUUUGACCCAGAUGACCCCAACACCAGCCUUGUGACCUCAGUGGCAAUCUUGGAUAAGGAACCAAUCAUUGUCAAUGGACAGGAGACAUUUGACUCUUCGGCCAACCAGGCUGGACCCCUCAAUGGCUUGCGUGAGCCACGGUCGCAAAGCCCCUCGGCUGAUGUAGCAUCCGACGGCUUGCAUGGCUUUUCCACUGAUGUAGUCACGCUGGCCUCCGCCAUAGCCACCCAGCCUGAGCUGAUCACCAUCCAUAUGGAGAAGGGAGACAAAGGUUUUGGCUUCACCAUUGCAGACAGCCUAACAGGAGGAGGGCAGAGGGUGAAACAGAUCGUGGACUAUCCCAGAUGCCGCGGCCUGAAAGAAGGGGACAUUUUGAUGGAAGUGAACAAGAGAAAUGUGCAAAACAUGAGUCACAACCAGGUCGUGGAUCUACUGAGCAAAUGCCCCAGAGGCAGCGAGGUCACCAUGCUGGUUCAAAGAGGAGUGGUGCCGGCUAAGCGGAGCCCAAAGCUGGUGCACCAGUUAGAGAGAAAAGACAGCCAGAACAGCUCCCAGCACAGUGUGUGCAGCCAUCGCAGCACCCACACUGAUUCUCCCAGCCACGCGCCCUCGGCCAUGCCCAGUGAGGCGGUGGUGCCCACUCCUGCUGCCCCCACCCAGCCUCUUCCAGGUCUGCCCCCCCAGGAACCUGUGGAUGGCACGCUCACCCUACAGAAGAAGCCAGAUCCUUUUAAAAUCUGGGCACAGUCCAGGAGCAUGUAUGAGAGUCGACUACCAGAUUGCCAGGAACAAGACAUUUUUCUCUGGCGGAAGGAUACAGGAUUUGGUUUUCGCAUUUUAGGAGGAAAUGAGCCAGGAGAACCUAUCUACAUAGGGCAUAUAGUGAAAUACGGGGCUGCAGAUGAAGAUGGGCGCCUUCGGUCAGGUGAUGAGCUCAUCUGUGUGGACGGCACAGCAGUCGUAGGCAAGUCCCACCAGCUGGUGGUGCAGCUGAUGCAGCAGGCCGCCAAGCAGGGCCAUGUCAACCUCACUGUCAGGCGCAAGACCCCUGGAUAUGGAGUGUCAAAAGGAGAAGGUGACGUCCCCCCUUCUCCAGCAUCAUCCCACCACAGCAGCACCCAGGCGCCCAGUCUGACGGAGGGCAAGCGGACCCCUCAGGGGAGUCAGAACUCCUUGAACACCGUCAGCUCUGGGAGCGGUUCCACUAGCGGCAUAGGCAGUGGCGGUGGAGGGGGGAGUGGAAGUGCAGUAGUGCCCGCCUCGCUGCAACCGUAUGAUGUAGAGAUCCAAAGAGGAGAGAACGAGGGAUUUGGAUUUGUCAUUGUUUCAUCGGUUUCCAGGCCGGAUGCAGGAACCACUUUUGCUGGAAAUGCUUGUGUGGCAAUGCCCCACAAAAUAGGCCGUAUCAUCGAGGGAAGCCCAGCAGACCGCUGCGGGAAGCUGAAGGUCGGGGACAGAAUACUGGCUGUUAAUGGCUGCUCCAUCACCAACAAGUCACACUCGGACAUUGUCAACCUCAUCAAAGAAGCUGGAAACACAGUCUCGCUCAGGAUCAUCCCUGGCGAUGAAUCCUCCAAUGCUUCACUGCUGACGAAUGCAGAAAAGAUUGCUACCAUAACCACCACACACACACCACAGACCACAGAAUCCAGAAAUAAUCCAAAGUUAAAAGGAGCUCCUCCUCCACCACCAUCACAAAUUCAGAGCACGCAGGAUGCAGAGUUCUACUCUGUGGACCUUGAGAGGGAUAGUAAAGGCUUUGGCUUCAGCUUAAGAGGAGGGUGGGAGUAUAAUAUGGACCUUUAUGUGCUAAGACUUGCAGAGGAUGGGGCUGCUGUCAGAAAUGGAAAGAUGAGGGUGGGAGAUGAGAUCUUGGAGAUUAAUGGUGAGAGCACAAAGAACAUGAAGCAUUCACGAGCCAUUGAACUGAUAAAGAAUGGAGGUCGGAGGGCACGGCUUGUGCUCAAACGGGGUGAUGGAUCUGUACCUGAAUAUGACAGCAGCAGUGACGGGUACCCUUCCACAUCCAGGGCACAAAACACUCCGGAAGUGAGAAUGCUGCCACCCAACAGCCGAUAUUACACUUCAUUGGAGUCCAGCUAUCAACCAGAUCUUCACAAACAUUCACGUCUGGAGGAGUCUUCACGUGGCAGAGAUUUGGACAGAAACAGGGACAAGGUUGGGUCAGAAGAGAUGGACUACCGAGACCGACAAUUUAACCUCCAUCCUCAUCACACCUGGAAUAACAGUCACAGUCAAAAUAUCCCCAGACAGCAGUCUCCCAACAGUAAUGGUAGUAGCAACGAUGACAAGAAGAGCAGAGGCCGCAAAGUCAAGAAGUCGGAGUCCGAGAGCGGCAUCUCCAAACUCCUCAAGACUCUGAGGAAAGACAGUUCGGGAAAAAAGGCUGCAGCUGCCGAGAGGCUCAGGGGGAAAGAGCUCUCAAGUUCUACCAUUGACGCAAGUUUUCAUUCACAGCGUCGCGGCUCCCUCGAUCGCUCACCUACCAGGAAGCGCACCUCGUCUCCAGAUCGACGACGGGCAAAAUCCAUGGAUCGCAGGGCUGACCGUUCCCAUCAUGACCACACACCUGAGAGGGAGCAAGAUGAUGGUGGGUUCCUCUCUGUCACACCUGAACGGAAGUUCUACGAACGGAGGCUCCUCAAGGACUCUCAGAUGCCUGAGCGACUCAGCAAGGCUACGCCCCCUGAGUGCACCAACAACGGGGAUUCCUCUUCCCUUAACAGGGGCCGAACGUAUGAUAGAGCCAGGAAGAACGAAAAUCUUCUCAGAGACUCCUCCCCAGAGAGGCAUCGGAUGAACGGAACGAUGGAGAGACGAUACAAAGCGGAGCGGGACUCUUCCCCUGACAGCAACUACAGCCGCGAUGAGCUGAACUAUGCAGCAGCACCUAGACUGAACGACUACUACAGCAUGAUGAAGAACAAUGCUGCACACAACCAUGCUGCUGGUAACAACACAAGAUAUAAGAAUAAUGCAGUGGGUCACAGCUCAAACCACAUCCCCGAGCCUAAAAGAAAGUUGUACAAAGAAAGCCCAAAAGACCUCAGCAUCUAGAGCAGAGAUUCCCCUCACCGCUCUCUCCUCUGUCAGUGCAAGCUGUGUACCAUACACUGGUUUAUUAGUUUACUUAACUACUUUGAUCCCGUUCUGAGAUUCUUAAAACAGCAGAAGUACAAUCCUUCUAUCAGUUUGUACUGAUUGUUUUGUCAUUGUUCUAGUUAUUUUGAACAUAAAAUUGUUUUUUUUUGUAACAUAGUAAAGGUAUUGUAUGUGCCUGCAUAUGAAAUCAGUGAUUUUGCUUUUGGAAGGCGUUGCAGACAUUAAAUAUGUGUUCCCUCAGAGGUCUGAGCCAUGCAUCAGUUUGUUGGUAAUUCUAACCUUUGAAACUUGUUUUUAGCUUAUUUGAAGAUAGCUUCAUUACUCCUCAGUUGCGUUACUGAACAAGCUAUAGCACAAGAAACAACAAAAACUGCGGAAAUCACAAGGAUGUUGACGCAAAAAUCACUAACACACGUCACAAAACUAUGUUGUGUUUGAUCGUUAUUUAUUUGUUUCAUUUGGCACAUUAUUUGAGCAAACAAGGUUAAAUCUAAAGAUGAGUAGAACUAUAAGCACGGUCUGUGUCCUUUGCAUAAUAUGUUUGACAGCAUACCUGCCCUUUACCCAGAAACCAUUGGCAUAAGUUCAAUUUGGACGACAAGAAUGAAAAAAAGUAAUGCGAAUAGCAAUGGUGUAUUGUUCUUUUUUAUUUAUUAUUUUUUGCUUUCAUUGUGGUCUCUUCAAAAAUGACCCCUAUACACUUCUGUGUAUUGAUAUUGUUUGAUGGAUGCUCGUCUCCCCUUCUGGCAAAAGUGUUCUCUGAUAAGGGAAAAGGAGUUAUCCAAAGUUGCCGAUCAUCCAAACCCCAACUCAUUUAUUUCAACAAUUGUGCAUUAUGACAUAAUACCAGCUGAAGCUGCCAUAGUGGAUGACUUUUUAAAGCAUCCAAUAAAUGAAUGAAAUAAAAUUAAAUAAAAAAUGUACGGUAAACUAUCCCAAGAUGCAUGUGUAAAAUAUUCAGUGUCGUGUAACCACUUUAUCUGGCAGGUCUGAGUGAGAAUAAUCAGCAAGGAACACACAUAGUAAUGCCCCGGAAACUAAUCCCUAAAAUUUAGUACACUUGGAUUCAUUGACUGGCCACCUCCUGGGUCCUGUUCAAAGAGCUGAUGUGGUUUGUUGCAGUGGUCCCCUAUGAAGAGUUCUGGUACAGGUGGACAAUUAAUCUGCUGUGCUGAGCCACGCUGUUAUACCACUGGAGUCUGACUGCUGCUUUUUAGUGUAAUUUGUGUGUGUGUGUAUUUUUUUUUUUCAUUAAGAACUAAAAAUAUAAUGGAGAAUCCACACCAAACACACUGGUUCAUCACUUUUGCCACUGUACUACUGUAGUUAUUAAAAACUGGAGAGAAAAAAAUGUAUGAAGAAGUUGGCGAUCACCUGUAAAGAAUAUCCCCAAUAUGACUGCUAGAAAGCUGUCGAGGAAUGAAGUGUUGCCUUUUUCUUGUACAAAAGAGAAAUUUAUGAAAAAACCUCGUUGGUGAGGAAUGUGAUAUUGUGUUUAUUUUCAGAAAUGGACCUGAUGAUUUAUGAGAAAUAUGUUGAUUUACUCUGGAUCAGGUAUGCAAAGACAUUUUAAAAUGAGACUUUAUUUGGUCAGUCAGAAACUGUUGGUUUGACUCUGUCAGUGGUUAGCCUGCCUUUGUAUUAUAAAGCACUUGUAUGCAGUCUGUGUUCUUCAAGCAUUAUUUCUUGCUAUGUGCUCUAGACAUAAUGCCGUCUCUGUGUUGAUAAAAGCAGUACAUGUAUAUGGGCCAAUCUUUUUUAUAUAACUAUGCAUAUAUAAAUACUACAUUGUUCAUAGCUUUAUUUGACCCAUGAAGCUACACAUAACAUUAGUCAAAGUACAAGUAAAUGUGGACUUAUCCAGCUUCUUUCCUUGAGAUGGAUUACAAUGUAUAUGUAGCUAUCAAAAAAAAGUCUGUGAAUGCUAUUUUUAUUAUCAAAUAAAGUUUUCCAUACAAAACUCAAAAA